UGUAUACACUCGCUGGCCAUUCUACGUUUUCAUAUCUCUCCCCCGACGUCCUUUCUCUGCUGCUCUCCCCUGUGUGUGCUGUGUGUGCGCUCUGUGUGUAAAGUGUAAAAGAAAGUAAGGGAGCGUAUCCGUGUGUGUCAGUUCCUCCCCUUAAUCAGAUGCAGCGCUCAAACAAAACAGUCCAACUAUACGAGAUAAGCGAACCGCAUCGUCACCGGGGCCCAAGCGUCGACUUCACAGCAGUGCUGCAGCACAGCACACACAUCGUUCUCGCUUUUUAUCGUUGAGCCGCAAGCGGAAUGUGAGGUGACCCAUUCUCGGGUUUUUAUUUUUUGCAUUGCUUUCAUCUAGUUUUCUUUUGAUUCUGUGGAUGCGUGCGUUCGCUUCGUUCCAGCGUUCGAAAUCGGCUCUAAACAACAACAAAAAAACACACACAUAUUCGAAUUUCACGUCGUCGAGUUGAAGAACCAACACAACUUGUCAACUUCUCUUUGCGGUGCUACACGGCAGUGACAAAACACCUACUGUUUUCGUUCUUUAUAUAACGUGACCAAGUGUUUGUCUGUUGGCCACCAAAGUUGCAGUAAAAGGACCGGCUUCGGGCAAGCCAGAAAUCCAGGUGUGCGACCGACGUGUGGUAUUACUAGUGCAUCUGCAAGUGCGUCACUCUGCCUCAUCCCGCCAUCGCCAUGUAUUCCGCUUUCAAAAAGCUGCCCGAUUUAUCAUACCGAAGCCAUAAGUUUCAAACGGACGCAGACGCUAGAAGCUUCGAGUCGUUCGACAUACGGCCGGCCUAUCUCGACAGGGGUCCAUUUCUCGACCCGUCCAAGUACGUGGCGACACCGAAAUCAGUCCGCUCCGGUUCAACGGCGACGGCCAUUUCGGUCAGCUGCAACACCCACAGCCGCACAAUGACGUCAUCGCCCUCCAAUUGUGAAUUAUCGGUGAACGGAGUCACCGGAGUGACGGGCAUUCCCAAUCUCGUGGAACUGGACGACGCCUUCAACACGCUCGAUCCCGGGCAGCUCUUGCGGGAGAGCGCGGCGGCCGCCACCAGGGCCGCCCUUUUGUCCGAGAUGACACCGAGAGUGGCCUCAUCAGUUCCUUUGGCCGAUUCGAUCCAGUACGCUUCGGAGAGGCGUCGCAAGUCUUCGAGCAUUUUAGUCGAUGAUCUUCUGCAGGAAAUUUAUCGCCAGUCCAGCAGAAGCAAUGAGGAGGAGGAGGACGACGAAGCCUUCGCAAACCCUGUGCAACUGGAAGUGUCGGCCAGCAGAGACGACCCGACCUACUGCGCACCUGGUGGUUCUCAUUUCUCAUCCAAGUGCAGCGAGCCUCUAAAAAAGAAAGGUACGUGGGAAUUGGAGGUGAUGCGUGAUCACUUGCGCGACGCAUUAUCGCGUGUAACCGCCUUGUUGAUUCAGAAUCUGACGCAACGAGAUCGUCUGCUGGUGGAACGCGAGAAAAAUUACGACGUCAUCACCGCAAUUCUUCAAGCCGCUUCACCUAAGCGAAGUCAAGAUACAAAAAUGCGGUUUAGCAUAGAUCCACCAAUCAAUAGCAGCUAUUCCUCACCGCCCACUCUUCCUUCGCCUUGCUCCUCCUCCUCUUCACACCAAAAAUCAUCAGCACAGAACCAGCCGGACACUGGAUGCCGAAAACCGGAUUCGUCUGGAUUUCAGCAAUGGCACGACGCUAUGCGAAUGGUCGCCAGACUUCCAGGUGGAGUUCCACCUGAAUUUCGCCGAAAGCUGUGGCUGACACUGGCAGAGCAGCAUCUGUUGCGCAUUGGAGUCGACUGGUCGGAUGUGGAACGCAACUGCUUUAACGAUCGGAUCAAUCCGGAUGACGAGGAUCUCGGCGCUCAAAUUGUUCGGGAUCUGCAUCGGACGGGAUGCAGUUUAUUCUGUGGAGAAGACGCCUUACCUAAUCAGGCAUUAUUAAAGCGGGUGCUGUUGGCUUACGCCCGUUGGAAUAAAGCAGUUGGCUAUUGCCAAGGCCUCAACGUUCUGGCCGCCCUUUUGCUUGAAGUCAUGAACCGCUCCGAAACCGAGAGCCUUAAAGUGAUGAUCUAUUUGAUUGAAGGUGUCCUUCCAACUGGAUAUUUCGCCAACAACUUGCGUGGGCUGUCUAUUGACAUGGCCGUCUUCCGUGAUCUUCUCCGCCAGCGGCUGCCAGCUCUAUCACGGCAUCUGGAGAUGCUCCAGCAAUCAGAGUCUUGCACUGGAUCUUCGUCGUCCUACUGCAUAGAGCCUCCGUUGACCAACGUAUUCACCAUGCAGUGGUUCUUGACUCUCUUCGCCACUUGCCUGCCCAAGGCGGCCGUCCUCCGCGUUUGGGAUCUUAUUCUCCUCGAAGGCAACGACAUCCUGCUGCGCACCGCUCUGGCCAUCUGGCAAACGCUUGCCGAACGUAUACUAACAGUGAGGACGUGUGAUGAUUUCUAUUCAAUCAUGGCUGUUCUGGCCCGUGAGAUGCUCGAGUUUGGGUUGAUGGAACCAAACCACCUGGUCCAGACAAUCGUCAGCAUGGCACCUUUCCCGUUCCCAGGACUGAAUGAACUUCGUGAUAAAUACCGAUACAACAUCACGCCAUGGAGCGGUGGAAGUGGUCGAGUCCGUUUAUUUUACAGCGACGACGAUCCGGACGGAGAAGCAGAGGAGGACGAGGACGAAGAAAAGACGAAAGCCAUGAACGCUGUGGCCACUGUUUUCGGUGGUCUAAUGACAUCGUCAACACUAUUCCGGACCACCAGCCGACGGAUCACUGACAUCACAUUCCGAAAAUCCAGUAAUCCGAAGCACACGUCCUCCCCCGCGUCCUCGUCCAGCAACGAGAAGGAGAAACUCCAGCUGGACAUUGCGGCCCUGAGGAAACAAUACGCCAAAUUACGUGAGCGUCAGAAACAGGCGCACGUCAUGUUCUGGACGGUGGCGUCCAGUGCGUCCAGCAACGAACGAAAAGGAUCCUCUUCGGAUAACCCAGCAAGUGCUGCUUUUUCGUCGACAUCGUCCGGUAUCAAUCCGGUCACCCACUUGUUGGCCGGCCGAAAGCCUUUGUUAACUCGCAGGCCUUCGACGUCGUCUUCGCCUUCUUCAUCCUCGUCUACUUCUUCGCAGCAGGGACCAAAAUUGCGACUCCCACCUCCUCGGAUUCCUCCACUUGUAGGAUCCACCGACGGCAAGGCUUAUUUUUCGGCCCCAACGACGCCUUCCGACAAGUCCGACAAUGAACCCACGUUCGAGAGUGUCAGAACUGGCCAAGUCAAUCCGUCCAAAGAUCCCAGCAAACAGCGGCAGCAACAUCAGCAACAACGUCGUAACAGCGGAUGCGCGACGUCAACGCCAUCGAAUGACGUCCGGCAACAAUACAUGGCGGCACCCUCAUUGUCCCAAUCCGGAACGACAGCGUCAACGCGAGGACUGGCAAUAACUGUCAACCGUUCAAGACUGGUUCAGGAGCUGCUCGAACAAAAUUCUGCCAUGCUAUUGAAACUGAAAGAUCGUCCGGAAGUGAUGACGACGAGCGAGCCGUCGUCAGCAGUUCCAAUGGGUGACGCCAGUGAAACGGUCGUCAAUGAAGGGAAUCAGCAGCAACAGCAGCCAGGCUCCGUGGUAAACAGUAAAGGAGCUAGUCCCAUCCAUCGCAAUCCGUUUCCGAGAAAUCUGGUCAGACCGCCGAAAGACGUCGUCGUUAAAUUAGGUCUAUACAGCUCUUCGCAGAAAUUUUAAUGUCUAAAAUUAUCCGUGGCAGUUUAACAGUGUUUUCGAUAUGAAAUGAAUAUCAAAAUGGAUUCAAUUUAAGUAUGACUGCGUCGACUGAAUUUUCACAAAUGCUUACAUCACGAUAUUUUUGUUUUCAAAUUGUUAUCGACCUCUGUCGACAUAUGAAAAAAGAAUAGGCCAAAAUAAAUUUGAUGCGUAGCAUUUCUAUGAUUCUAUUGU